AUGUCCUCAAAAUUAUUCCUUGUAGUUUUUCUAAUCCUUCUCUCUUUCCACGUGGCAAAUGCUCAAAAAAAGAAAAACUGUAAAAGAUGUUUGGAUAUUUUGAGAAAACAAGGAAUUGAGGGAGUUGUCAGCAUGUUGAAUCAGGUGGGGUUUUAGGGUAAUUAGGGAUGUUAAUUAUGUUAAUUAGGGUAAUUAACACUUCAAGUUUAUUUAUUCAAUUAAUUAGGGUUGUAAUGUUUAUUUUUUUCAAAAUCAGAAAUUCAAAUUUUUAUUCAGAAACAAUGAGCUAUCUAAUUGAAUAUUGAAUUAGCUUACUUCUAAAAUUUUUAGUCAUGCGCUGGUUUGAAUGGAGCUGAGAAACAUUUCUGUGAACAAUCAGUGAAAAGAAGAAUCCCAUCGACUCAAGCACAAUUUCAGUAUAAUCCAAAUGAUCAUGGAACAAUUUGCAAAAAAGCCGAGUUUUGUUAA